UUGGAUGGGAGAGAACAAGCCGGGUUGCUGGCGCACGCGGGCCGCUCCGGCUCUGCCUGGCUCGCGCGGGGCCGUUGGAGCCUCGCGCGGGGCCGUUGGAGCCUCUCCCGGGGCCAGAGAAGGGUGUGUGACUGAGAUCAGAGCUCUUAUCAUACUGAGCGUGGCCCUGUUCUGCCAGGUGCUGAAGAGACCUCAGGAUCUGGGCCUUGUUCUGCCAGGCGCUGCGAAGUCCCCAACUGAGAUCUGGACCCUGUUCUGCCAGGCACUGAAGAGACCCAAGGGGCCGGUGACCUUUGAGGAGGUGGCUGUGUAUUUCACCAGGGAAGAGUGGGCUCUGGUAGACCCCACUCGGAGAGCCCUUUACAGAGACGUCAUGCAGGAGAACUAUAAGAAGGUGACCUUGCCGGGCUACAGAAUAACGUCCACGUUUUGCUCCAGAUCAUCCCAUCCUCCCAGGGGAAAGGCAAUGGCUGCAAUGGAGCUGGCUCAGGGGCCGGUGACUUUCGAGGAGGUGGCUGUGUAUUUCACUAGGGAGGAAUGGGCUCUUCUGGACCCUGUUCAGAGAGCCCUCUACAGGGAUGUCAUGCAGGAGAACUAUGAGACGGUGACCUCGCUGGGCUACAGAAUAACAUCCACGUUUUGCUCCAGAUCAUCCCAUCCUCCCAGGGGGAAGGCAAUGGCUGCAAUGGAGCUGGCUCAUGAUCCGGUGACUUUCGAGGAGGUGGCUGUGUAUUUCACUAGGGAGGAAUGGGCUCUUCUGGACCCUGUUGAGAGAGCCCUCUACAGGGAUGUCAUGCAGGAGAACUAUGAGAGGGUGACCUCGCUGGUAGGGUUUCCAGUUUCGAAACCUGAUGUGAUCUCCCAGGUGGAACGAGGGGAAGAGCCGUGGGUUCCAGACCUCCAGGGCUGUGAGAAAGAAGUGCUUCCAAGAGCUACCUGCACAGGUAGUGACCUGUGUCUGGAUUCUCUCUGUCUCCCAUCAGGUGAUGGGAUGGUGAGUGAGAAUGAGGAGGAGAAACCCCAUCAGGAAGAUGCUGAGCGAAGAGAAGCACAUGGAAUGUUAUCAGGAAGAUCCAAAGAGAAUGUUUCCAGGAGUUGUGCACUCCCAGAAAAACCAAAAGCCUGUGAGACUCAGGGGAGGCCAGAGGGAAACAUUAUUAGCCUCUCAGACCUUAUAACAAGCGGCAGAAUCAACUUGGAAGAGACACGCUACAUGUGCCAUGAGUGUGGGAAAAGCUUCAGUUGGAGCUCUACCCUUGUCAGACAUCGUAGAAUCCACACAGGAGAGACGCCCUACACAUGCUCUGAGUGUGGAAAAAGCUUUAGUUGGCGCUCAGACCUUAUCAAACAUCAGAGAAUCCACACAGGAGAGACGCCCUACACAUGCUCAGAGUGCGGGAAAAGCUUCAGUCAGCACUCACACCUUAUCACACAUCAGAGAAUCCACACAGGAGAGAAGCCCUACACAUGCUCAGAGUGCGGGAAAAGCUUUAGUUGGAGCUCAUACCUUAUCAGACAUCAGAGAAUCCACACCAGAGAGACGCCGUACACGUGCAGUGAGUGUGGGAAAAGCUUUAGUCGGCGCUCACACCUUAUCGGACACCAGAGAAUCCACACAGGAGAGACGCCUUAUAAGUGCGCUGAGUGUGGGAAAAGCUUUAUUUGGAGCUCAAACCUUAUCAGACAUCAGAGAAUCCACACAGGAAAGACGCCCUAUACAUGCGCUGAGUGUGGGAGAUGCUUUAGUUGGCGCUCACACCUUAUCGGACAUGAGAGAAUCCACACAGGAGAGACGUUGUACACGUGCACUGAGUGUGGGAAAAGCUUUAGUCGGCGCUCACACCUUAUCGGACAUCAGAGAAUCCACACAGGAGAGAUGCCUUAUACGUGCGCUGAGUGUGGGAAAAGGUUUAGUCGGCGCUCUCACCUUGUCGGACAUCAGAGAAUCCACACAGGAGAGAAGCCCUACACAUGCACUGAGUGUGGGAAAAGCUUCAAUCGGAGCUCUACCCUGAACACACAUCGUAGAAUCCACACAGGAGAGACGCCCUACACAUGCACUGAGUGUGGGAAAAGCUUCAGUCGGAGCUCUACCCUGAACACACAUUGUAGAAUCCACACAAGAGAGACGCCUUACAAAUGCACUGAGUGUAGCAAAAGCUUCAGUCAGCGUUCAAACCUUAUCACACAUCAGAGAAUCCACACAAGGGAGAUGCCCUACGCAUGCUCUGAGUGCGGGCAAAGCUUCAAUCAGCACUCAAGGAUCAUUAGACAUCAGAAAAUGCACAGAAGAGAGAAUUGUAAUAAAUCCCUUGACUAGUGUUGGCAAAAACGAAUUUUUUAAAAAAAAUCACAUUAGCUAAUU